AUGAAAUUUCUCUUUUUAUUACUUAUAAAACUAUUAUUUUUUAAUUUAUAUAUAAGUGCUUUAAACAAUUUUACCAUAAUUGAUAGUAAUGUAUCAUCAUAUUUUAUAAAGAAUUUUACAAAACCUUUCAAGAGCAAUUUCGCAUGGUUUUAUUACAAAACUUUCACUGUAAUUUCAAAUGUUAUUGAAGGUCAAAAACCUGAAUACUUAAAUAGCUUAACCCUUGCUUUACAUGUUAGUAAUGAUAGACAUUUGGGUGGCUUUAAAGAUCGUUUAAAUAAUUGGAAUGAUUCAAUUUCACUUGGAAUUUAUAUGGUAAAUGAUAAAGUUAUAUCAUCAGAAACAGAAUGUACCAUAUGUAGUAUAAAAAAGUAUUUAAAAGAUAGAAAAAAUGUAUCUGUUCAUCUUAUUUUUAAAAAGAAUUUAAAUAUUUCAGAUGAUGAAAUGAAUUACCUUAAAAUAUCUUCAUUUUGUGAUAACUCUAAAAUAAAUAAUACUCAAAAACCAUGUGUUAAUAUUCCUUAUUUUAAAAAAAUAAAUACAAUGAAGUCAUAUCCAAUAAAUACAAUAAGAAAUGUAGCUAGAAAACUUGCACAAUCUAAAUUUUUAAUUGUCACUGAUUCUGAUCAGAUGUUUUCACCAAAUUUUGUAGAAAAAGUUUUACCUGUUGUUAAAAAAGAAUACUCAAAAAAUAAAAAAGUUGUUUUUGUUAUAAGAGUUUUUGAGACAGUUUCAGAAAAUUAUAAUGAUGGUCCUAAAAAUAAAAAACAAUUAUAUCAAAAGUUAAAAAAAAAAGAAGCUUUUGUAUUUCAUCAUAAUAAUAUAAUAUUUCUUGGAACACCAAAGUUAAAAGAAUGGUUUAAAGUAGUUGAUAAUAAUAAGUCAUCAAUACAAUUUGAAGCUUUGUAUGAUAAUGAUGCCUGGGAACCUAAAUUAAUUAUUCCUGAUGAUGCUCCAUAUCAUGAUGAAAGUUUUCCUUAUCCAUUCAGAGAUAAUACUGUUAUGAGAUGGAGUCUUUGUAUUGAAAAUUAUAAAUUUCUUGUAUUAAAUAAUGUCUUUAUGUAUCAUCUUGGAAUUAAAUCACCAAAAGAAUCAAAACUUAUGGGAAAGUUACGAAAAGCUAAUAUUAAAAAAUAUAAAAAUUCUCGAAAAAAUUUUACCCAAAGAUAUAUGAAAAAAAAUUUAAAAAGAGUCAAGAUAUGUAUGAAAUCACCAAAUAUUAAACAAAAAGAAAAGUUACUUAGUGACAACUUUUUUUGA